AUGUCUAAAAGAGUUCAAUCUGAGCUGAUGCUAAACAUUGAGGAAGGCAAUUUUGAAAGAGUUUGCAAUAUGAUCACAAGAGAAAAUAUCGAAGAACGAAAUCAAACUGGCUAUACACCUCUAGCCCUAGCUGUAAGAACUGGGCACUAUAAAAUUGUUGAAGAGCUAGUAAAAAAAGGCGCUGACAUCAAUGCAACUAAUGAUGUAAUUUUUACACAGUAGGCAGGGCAAAGCAUACUUUUUAUUGCUUGCUGGCAUAACCAUGAAGAAAUCGUAAAACUUCUUUUAAGUCGAGGCGUGAAAGUGAAUCAGCCUGAUCAACGUGGAUGAACUCCUUUAAUUAUAAGUGUUUAUCACAACUAUGCUGGGAUCGUUGAACUUUUAUUGCAAGCUGGGAGCGACAUUGAUCACCAAGAUUCUGUAUUUUUUAUUUAGUUUGGAAAAAACGCAAUAGAUCGAGCCAAAAAUGUUGAAAUGAUAUCAAUGAUUAGGAAAUAUUCGGAAGAAAGAAAGAUUGGCCAAAAAGUGUCAUUAUCAUUACCUGGAACCCCGGGCGGGGUUUCACAUUUGGAUAAUAUCAUAAGGCCGAAAAGCAGAGACAAUUCCAUUGAUAGAAAAUCUGAAUCUUCGCAAAAAUCAUCAAAUAGUCCUUAUAAGUUUGAUAAUAUGAAAAGCCCACAAGGAAGGGAGCCUACACCGACAAAGCAAAAAGUUGAUCAGAGUUUUGAUCGAAAUAUAGGAAGAACUAGCUUUGAAAAUGAGAAACUAUAUGAUAUGGUAAAAGAAAUCGAAGAAAAUAUAGCUGAGAGGUUUUUUAAUGAUAUGGAUAUAACGAUAAAUGACCAGCUUAAUCAAGCUAUUGAUGUCUUACAGAAAGAAAUAGAAACAUUGGUUAAUAGAUCAACAAGAGAUUUAUUCAGAAAACUAAAAGAAUAUGUUUUCAGAGUCACUGAUAAUUUGCUAGGGAAAAGCAAUUAUAAGAUAUCAAACUCAAGAAUUCAAGCAGAUUUUUCUGAAAUUUUUGAGUUUAGAGAGCAACUAAUAAAUGUUUCCAGCACUCAUCGAUCACAAUAUGCUGAAGAAAUUGGAAAGCUUGGCCAUAAUCAAUUAAAAUUAGGAGAUAGGAGAAUAGAUGAUAUAAAAGAAGAUUUAUAUAGACAUGUGAAUAACUAUCUCAGCGAAUUAGACAGCAAAAUGAAAGAGCUUUCAGGAAAUCAUAUAAGUAAAGAAAUAAGUAAUAGGAUCUUUACUGUCAAAGAUACCAUCAAUUCAGAAAUCAACCACUAUUUGCUAUAUUUGACUGAUAAAAUGAAGAGUAUGCUCGACGACCUUGUGGCAGCUAGAAUUAAAGAAAUUUGUGAUGAUAAUAGAAUUUCAUUGCCAAGGCAGAUGAAUAAAAACAAUUCAGCAGGAAAUCUACCAGGGAUUUCUACAUGUGACACCUACACAGUAAAGACUAUUUUCUUGGCCUAUUAUUUUUUGGUCUAUUUUAUUUAGCCUGCUUUUCUAGCUUGUUUUUUAGCCUAUUUAUUUUGGAUAUUUCUUUUGCGCUAUUUUUUAGCCUAUUUUUUGGCAUAUUCUUUAAAUACUAAAAUAUUUAUAAACAUAACUUCUGCUGAGACUAAAUAGGCUAGAGAUCAUUUCGAAAUAGUCAAUAUGAAAUUAUUUCCAAAGCAAAUGAAUCAAAAAUAAUUAAGGGAAAAUGCAAGACAACAAAAUAGGCCAAAAAAAAAUAUGCCAAAAAAUAGGCCAAAAAAAUGAGUCAAAAAAAACUUACUUACUUACUUAAUUAUCUGGUGUUUAAGGUGUCUAGUGCCGCAGCCCAAAAGGGCCUAUGGCAAAACUGAUGACGUAGGCGAGCCAUCUUGGAACGGGUCAACCCCAUCCAAGCCUUCUAUCAACUCCUGCUUCACCGGCCUUGCUGCACGUCUCACCCGGCGCGAUGCCGUCGCCCUUGUCGCUCGACUCAGCUCCUGCGCGUGUUCCGCCUAAGGGUCAUCCUCCCGUGGGGAUGUGCUGAGAGGUAAAAGCCCGAGAUCUUGAGUGGACUGAGGAGUGGUUCCUUGGUUAUCCCCAAAGUUAAACCACUAUUGCUGUCCAGAAGUUCGCGAGUGAAAACCUAACCCUAAUAAUAAAAAAUUCCAUGAGGGAGAGAAAAUUAGCAGAGCUAAUUUCUCUCGAACCGAAUGCCAUUUUAUUAUUGAGUCAAAAAAAAACAGUUCAAAAAAUAUUGUCAUUGUGGAGUUGCGUCGUGUGGAGUCACUCUACCAGGUGGGCGUCCAAGUGCUACCGAGUCUUAUAAAAACGAAGCCCAUCGAUCCGAAAAAAGUGAAUCUCAAAGGAAAUCUCAUGAUUUCAGCAAUGACUAUCUUGAAAAUCUGUCACAAGAGUAUACAAAAUACCAAACCCCUCAAUAUUCCUCUACUUUUCAAAUUGAUUUCCCCGAGUCAAGCCAAAGCUUUUCAAAAGAGCCCCCAAAAUCAAAACCUCCUGUAAGCCGCCCCAAGGCAUCAUCUCUAUCAUCUAAAGGAGAUCAAAAGCAAGUUUUGCCCCCAACUAAUGUCUCGUCUACGCUGCAAGGCUUUUUGAAGUUUGAAGAAAUGUCGAGAAAAUAA